GUAAAAGUGACCGGACCUUUUGGAGGCUGUUGGUGGGGGCUGGUAUUGGUGUUGCUCGUGUCUCGCCUCUGCCUCAUGGCUUUCAACUUCGGGGCGGCUGCUGGCGCCGCGGCCGCCCCAAACCCGGCGGGAGCUUUUGGGGGCUUCGGGACCAACACCACCACCCCGGGAUCCACCUUCAGUUUCUCAACUCCUACAAAUACAGGGUUGUUUGGAGCUACCCAGAACAAAAGCUUUGGGUUUGGUACCACCUUUGGAACAGCACCAACUACAGGAACUGGGCUUGGCACCGGCUUGGGAACCGGUUUGGGAUUUGGUGGUUUCAACACUCAGCAGCAACCAACACUUGGAGGUCUCUUCAGCCAGCCUGCUCAAGCCCCCACACAGUCCAACCAGCUGAUCAACACAGCCAGUGCGCUUUCUGCCCCCACCCUCUUGGGAGAUGAGCGAGAUGCCAUUCUGGCCAAGUGGAAUCAGCUGCAGGCAUUUUGGGGCACAGGCAAAGGGUAUUUCAACAACAACAUUGCCCCAGUGGAAUUUACGCAGGAGAACCCAUUCUGCAGAUUUAAGGCCGUGGGCUACAGCUGCAUGCCCAACAACAAGGACGAAGAUGGCUUGGUGGCACUAGUCUUCAACAAAAAAGAAACAGAGAUUCGUGGUCAGCAGCAGCAACUUGUGGAAUCGUUGCACAAAAUCUUGGGUUCAAACCAGACGCUUAUGGUCAAUGUAGAAGGUGUAAAGACAAUGCCAGAUGACCAGACAGAAAUAGUGAUCUAUGUGGUUGAACGGUCACCCAACGGGACUUCCAGGCGGGUUCCAGCCACCACCCUGUAUGCGCACUUUGAACAAGCCAACAUCAAAACCCAGUUGCAGCAGCUUGGCGUGACCCUCAGCAUGGCCAGGACGGAGCUCUCUCCAGCACAGGUUAAGCAGUUGCUGCAGCAUCCUCCUGCAGGUGUUGAUCCAAUCAUUUGGGAACAGGCCAAAGUGGACAACCCAGAUCCUGAAAAGCUGAUUCCAGUCCCAAUGGUUGGCUUCAAGGAACUCUUAAGGAGGUUGAAAGUUCAAGACCAAAUGACAAAGCAGCACCAGAGCCGGCUGGAUAUAAUAUCAGAAGAUAUAAGCGAACUUCAAAAAAACCAGACUACAACCAUGGCCAAAAUAGCUCAGUACAAGAGAAAGCUAAUGGAUCUUUCCCAUCGAACGUUGCAGGUGUUAAUCAAGCAGGAGAUCCAGAGGAAAAGCGGGUAUGCCAUCCAAGCGGACGAGGAGCAACUCCGGGUGCAGCUCGAUACCAUUCAGUGCGAACUGAACGCCCCUACCCAGUUCAAGGGUCGGCUGAAUGAGCUGAUGUCACAGAUCAGAAUGCAGAACCACUUUGGAGCUGUCAGAUCCGAAGAGAGAUACUAUAUUGACGCAGAUCUCUUAGGGGAAAUCAAACAGCAUUUGAAGCAGCAGCAGGAAGGACUGAGUCACCUGAUCAGUAUUAUAAAAGAUGACCUGGAAGACACAAAGCUGAUAGAACAUGGCUUGAAUGAGAGCAUUCCGGUUAGAGGGGGCAUCUUCAGUUGAUCGAUGGGUCCUUUCCAUUGACUCUAUACCUUGUUUUCCUUCACUGAAAUUCACCGGGUGGUUCUUUGGACCAUAAAUCUUAGUGAAGGUUCUGAGAGAGUGCCAGGUAUUUGGCACUCUACCCUGAAGGUCAAAAGGGAUAAAGGUUCUAGGAAGAAAAACCAA